AUGAUGCCUCAACAGAGGAGUUUUAUUGAUGCUGUGAUGCAGCAUAACCCACCAACAUAUUCUGGUUCUGUAGAGCCUGGAGUUCUUGAAUUCUGGGUUGAGAAGAUGGAAAUGAUAUUUCGUGUUGUUUAUGUUCCACCAGAUCAACGAGCCAAUAUCAGGGCUUAUUUCUUGGAAGGUCGAGCAAAUCGGUGGUGGUUAGGUGAGGAAGAUACGGGAGUGGACCAAGUGGAUAUGACUUGGGAUGAGUUCAAAACAAAAUUAAAAGUUAGGUUUACACCGUCACAUGUUCGAAAAGCAAAGAAGCAAGAGCUGCUGGACUUGAAGCAGGGUUCGAUGCCAGUCGAGGACUAUUUUGUAAAGUUCAAUGAGCUUGAGAUGUAUGUUCCUGACUACUUUUCCUAUGGGCGAGAUAGAAUUGAUCAUUUUGUAGAUGGGUUGCAGCAGAGGAUUCAAGAAGCUUUAUCUGUGUUGGAUAUCAGUUCGUUGUAUGAGGCUUACGAGCUUGCUGCUCGAUUCUAUCAGAAGCAGAAAGUCAAGCAGAAGAACAGUGAGAAAGAAAUGGGGUAUCAACAUCAGUUUCGAGAUAAAGGAAAAGCUAGGGUGGAGGAUGAGCCAAAGGAUAAAAAGACACAUGCAAAACAUUUGCGUGUGACACUAAAUACACUGCGUGCGAGGAAGUUAUAUGCCAAGGUAUCCAAAUAUGAGUUUUGGUUGAAAAAGGUUGCUUUCUUGGGGCAUGUAGUUUCUGGUAAAGGCAAACAAAAUGUUGUAGCUGAUGCCUUGAGUCGAAAACCAAGGCAUAAGUUGGGUUUUAUGUCAGUUGCCGAUGAACUGUGUCAAGAUUUAGCACGGAUGGAAAUUGAAGUACUUGGACGGGGCAUGACGCGGGGAUAUUUGCAAAUGAUGCAAGUUGAGUCUGAAAUUUAUGAUCAUAUUAGAGCGGCUCAAAUGGAAGAUAAUAAGAUGGUCGAGCUGGCUAUAAAAGUUCAGUACGGUCAGACUCAAAACUUUAAUAUUGCUUCAGAUGGGAGUGUUUGA